UAUCCAAAUUAAUCAAUUAGUCAUCCGGAAGAAAUUAAUCCAUCAAAACAUCAUUUUUUCUUUCAUGUAAAACGAAUGCAAAGUUCUUUUCUUUUCAACAAAACUUGCAACAUCCAAGACUAAACUUGAUAUGAUUGUUCAUAAACAUCAGAUGACUGAAUUAGGGAUUGGUAUGGUGUGUCUGAUUGGUUUCGUUCUUUCCAAUGACGAUCGUGGAAUUAUACGUCCGACCAAAGAGAAAGGAACCUGCACAAAAACAACAUGGAAACGGAAACCGAUAUCAUUUUACCACAAUGAAACGGGCAUUUUAAAAAAAGGAGAUGGGCGAAAGCAAAUAGCUACCUUUGAAAGGAAGAUAUCAAGAAUUUUUAACGUAACAGAAAAUGUAACAAUAUGCUGCCCAGGAUUCCACAAAAAUGACAAAGGAACAUGUGAACAGUGUCCAGAAUUUACUUAUGGUUUGAACUGUUCAAAUAAAUGUAGAUGUCUUUCGUCUGAACAUUGUAAUCACACAACUGGAGAAUGUAAAAAGUGCAAUGAAAAUCCAGCUGGGACCAGAUGUGACGAAGAAACAAGCAGUGGAACAUCGGAAACUAGAACAGAGUCAUCGUCGAUCUUUACAAUUGUUUCACAUACCACACUCUUCCAUCGACAAAAAAUGAUAACGAAAUCUUCACCAAAUACCAAACAAAUCGAUGUGAGCGUAUUCUCAACUGCAGAAGAAAGUAAACAGGAUCCAAAAAAAGCAUUACAGCGUGGCGUUGUUUCUACACCAAUUGUUACAAUAUCAGUUGUCAUAUCAGUCCUUGUGAUGAUCAUCGUCCUUGCUUUAUUAGUGAAAAGGUAUCAUGGUAGAUAUAAUGUCAAGAAACGUGGAACCACAGAAUCAGUUCACAAGUUGAUGAGUGAGAGCAGCCAUACAAUGAAUGAAAGCCACGAAUUAACUCAAGUUAAUACCAGUGAAGAAAUACUGAGGGGUGAUAGUUUUGGUUACAAAGACGUGGAUGGUAAUAGGGUUUACGUUAGCAUGUACAAUGCAAUGAAUGUCGGUGUUCGUCACGAAGACUCAGAAUUGGAAGGAAAGAGCAAAGAUCUACAAUACAUUAGCAUGCAUUUACAGUAUUUAACUGAAAGCAUGCGACAAUCUGUUCCAAAUGACCAUGAAACUGUAGAAUCUAAAUGAGAUUAUGUGUUCACAAAUGACGCAUUUGUCGGACAACAUGUAGUUAUUUCAAAGAUCUAAAUUGUGCAGAUCCACAAGCAAUUAUUUUAUUCAAAUUUUCUGCAUACUGUAAGCAGAACUGUUAAUUGAAACAUAAUUGUUAUUUUUGUGUGUACAUUGAUAUGCACUCUAUAAAAAACACAUCCAUUCAAAUUGAACUUGACGAUAAAGUACGUUUCUAACUCACUCAGGAAUUUACGAAACUUAGUUUCUAAAUCACUUAGGCAAAAAUUACUUGGUUAUUCCUUUAAACUCAAAUAACAGGUAAUUUUACUUCAAAGCUAAGAACGCAUCAUUUUUGGGAUACAAAGCUUAAGCACGGAAUCAAUAGUUAAAAUAAUAUUUGUUCAGAAAAACUAAUUUUUAUUUUUGAACGCAUUCUUUAUAUCAAAUAAAAAAAAGAUUCUUUCAAUUAUGCAUGAAUGGCAAUCAAAACCAUUUUUGAAGAGUUAAAACACAAUUUGAUGAUCAGAUUAUUCUUGUUCUUUGUCAAAAUCCAAACUACAUCAAAUAGUUUAAACGACUGGUGCCACAUGUGGAGCAGGAUCUGCUUUCACUUCCGGAGCACCUCAGAUCACCCCCAGUUUUUGGUGGGGUUCGUAUUUAAAUUUUUUCAUCUUUUGUGAAUGUGAUGUUAUUGGCAGAUCUAUGACUUUCUCUGCUCAAUUACUUCACUGACGAUUUUAUACAUUUUGACAUAAGCAAUAAACGUGCACUUUUCUACUGUUGAGGCCGUAUGUUGAUCUUAAGAUGGUUGUUUGAUUUUUGAUACAUCUGGUCACUAGUUUUUGAAUUUAUAACAUAUAUGCAAAAUAAUACUGUGUCACGUGCAUGAUGUAUGGAUGAAAUCUCAGAAGUUUUAAUUAAUUUUGCUUAAUACAUUUGUAAAAAUUGUAUAAAAAAUGUUUUAGUCUAAUCUCAAUGUAAAUAUAACUUUUUGUUUA